AUGGACUCGCCGCCAUCGGGAGAAAUCGUGUGUCAGGAGAUUGUAGCCGAUUCCACGCCGGUGAAGACGGAGAAGAAAAAAAAGCCUAAAGGCGCUGAGAAGAGACCACAGACAGAGAAACAGAAGGCGGCGUCCUGUGGUACGAAGGUGGACCUGCCUCCGCACAUGGUGCGAGCCCACCAGGCGGCCUACGCCUACCUCAACCCCAACAUCGCCAAGUACAACACCCUGCUGGGCCUGCUGGACCAGGCCGCCCAGACACACCUCUCCCUGCAGCCCAUGAUGGGCAUCCUGGUGCAUCGCUUCGAGGAGAUCAACCAGGCUCUGGAGGAGAUGGCCGAGGAGGGUGAGCUGAUGAUGAGGGAACACGGUGACUAUAUGGCCUGGCCCGCGACCGGUAAGACCGCCGGCCCAUACGUCACGCCCGCCGUCGCGACCAACGUCCCUGACCCCCCUCCGGACCUCCUGCAGCAGCUGCUCCAGCACUCCACGGAGCAGAUGAAGCUGGUGGGAAGCUCCUUCCAGGCCAUGGGGAACGCCACCCUGGAGGAGAAGGUGGAUUACUUCGCCUCCCUCUCCAGGCUGCUUUCAGACAAGCUGCGCACCAAGCGGGUAGCGGAGGGACGGCUGGUGCAGGUGUUGCUGCACGUGGAGCAGGCGACCAUGAAGGGUUUCCACGGUGACGACAUCACCACGACCAGCGAGGACAGCGGCAUCGGCGGCGAGAACGAGUCCAUGGCAGGGUCGGAGAGGCACCGCUGCCGUCACCGUGGCGGCAGCACCGGCUCGGGGAGCUGCGGGUCUGUGGGAAAUGUCCGGGCCUUGCUCGACAGUCCGCCCAAUCCAUUCCAAAACCACUGGGGCCUUGAAGAUGAAGAGAUGGAAGAAGAAGAUGAGGAGGAGGAGGAAAAUGAAGAGGAGUAUGACAGGCCAGUGAGGAAGAGGUCCAACUCUUCGCCCCCGGAUCCCAGCCGACCGCUUGCCAACGUGGCCUCUGAACACCCUCAGAACAGGCGACCCCUGACCGCGUUGAGCUCCACCCAACCAAAACGCUGUGCAUCCGCCGGCGGUUCUGAGCCAAUCAAGGAGCUGCAACAGAGCCAAAGAGACUUGGACCUGCGGAUGAGGAACAGGAGAAGGGGCAGGGGAGAUGGUGGAUCUACUGAGCCUUACUGUAACUUGUCCAGGCGACAGCGACAGCGCUCUCUAAGUGGCUCCGGUGCCGAUAGGGGGGCCUUCCAGCUCCCUGAUGGACUACCAGUGGCAGGGUACGCCCCCCGUCCCCCAGGACGCAACUCUGUGAGGCGGCUGAUCAACACGUUCAGCCAAGGGGUGGACGGGCGGCCGGGUCAGCAACUGGCCAACAUCCCGCCUCACAUCAAGAGGCCCAGGAGGAGCGGUGCCCUCCUUCUGCCAGACAUAGGAACUGCAGACAAGAUCAGCAAUGGCAACAACAACAACAACAGCUGGCCAGACAGCAAGGACGACCUGGACGUGGACAGCCUACCGCCCCCCCCACCAGAGGUUCUGAUGGAUGACUCCUUCCAGAGCACCGGUCAGAAUCCCGGGAGACCCGUCACGUUCCCGAGGACCAGGCUGUCCCAGCGGCUGAGGGCUUCCGGGCAGAACGUCAGCGUGCUUCCAAACCGCGCCACCGUGAGUCAGAAUUCCGCCAAAUCCACUAAGGCCACCAAACCGGACCCAGAGCAAGACCUGGACGACGACUUGGAUCCAGAGAGAGCGACGUCCUCCACUCUGUACCAGCAGGCCCAGAAGAUAAUCCACCUGCGCAAUGUGGCCGGUUCCCCCACCAGGAGGCGCCAGCACCUCCGUCAGCUGGACGCAGUGCCUCCGCAUCACCACUGCACAGCAGCCCCCCUGCAUGAGACCGGGUUCACUCAGUGCACCCCGCCCGUGACAGCACCGCCAGUCUCCAGGGUACGCCUACCGCCAUCAUGUCCCUCUGUGCACCGCCGGUACCCCAGCUCCCCCCAGACGGCGGGGUUGUCCCGACCGAGCUCGCCCAGAAUGGGGGCCUCGUCAAGGCCGAGCUCCCCCAGGGCGGUGGUGGUGUCGGCUGCGGACAACAACGACAGCGAGGAGAUCGUUCCAAUGGUGGCCUUCAGCACCGCCCGCUCCAUCUUCUGUCAGAAGGAGAACCAGAGUGGACAUGAUUGGACCCCCUCCUCCAGCUCCACCCUGCCCAGACUCUGGGGAGACCCAGCCAGGGGCCGGCAGGCCGCACGGGGGGAGGCUGGACCAGGCUCCAGACGCACCCAAUCAGAACAGAGAUCCAGUGUCAAUAGCCAAUUAGGGAUGGACGCUAGAAGGACCAGCAGUCCUCCAGGGAGUGGAGGAGAGUGCCCUUUGGAUUUUGGUGCCUUUUCCUGAGUAUCCUAGAGAGCAUACACCUGUAUGCACACCCAUACGUGUCUACGUGUGUCUACGAGUCCUUGUGUAUGCCUGCGUGCAUGUCUGUAUGUGUUUGCGAGUGCGUGUGUUUGUGCUUGCAUGUGUGUAUGUGUGAGGGAGCGUUCAAAGAGAUUAUAGAUUAACAGUUCUUUGAAGUUAAAGUCCUUUCUCUUCCACUUAAGCCUCCUUCUUGACACAUGUCAGAGAAACACAGAAACCAACGUUUGAAUGGGUUAGGGUUAGUGAUUAUUCACCAUGUUUAACACACUGAAGAGACUGGAGAAAUUAAUCGAAUAACGUCCAUUUUAUUUGUUAUUCAACAUGAUAUAUACAAUUUUGUAACCGUAACUCUGGUUAACUUUGUUUAUUUGUGUGGUUUUGGGAUCAUGUUGAAGCCCCUCUCAGUUUUUUAUCAUCCCCUCCGGUUUGGACACAUUAGCUUGGAUUGUUUUGGUUUGUUUGUUUGUUGAUCGUUUUACUCUCUCACACAAUUAAAUAAAAACUAAGGAAAUAAAAUG